AUGAUCGCGCAUUCAACCAGCCUGUUUACAAAUCCAUAUGCAAUUGAAGUCCUAAGAACUAAAAAAGAAGAGCUAGUAGAAGGCAUAAAUAAUCCAGACAAUCUUCUGAACUGGCUUAUAGACAAUGGCAUUUUUACACCAGAAAAAAAGAUAGUCAUGACUUUCUAUAGGACACGAAAAGAAAAGAACUCUCGAGUUUUAGAUAUACUAAUUUCUCAUGGUGAACGAGCCUGCAGGCUCUUUUUUUACCCAUGUUUAAAACAAGUGGAGCCAAAACUUUAUAACAAGAUAAGAAAAUAUGUCAGCGAAAUAAACGAAAGUAUUGGGGAUGCUAGAAGACAAUUGGUAGGGUAUUUAACUGAAAAAGAUAAGGCUUGGCUUGAAAAUCGCAGUGAACAGCACCAAGAAAAAAGAGAGCGUCCUAGAAGAAGAAAGCAAGAAUGGUCUAUUAAGAAGAAAGGAAAAGAAACUGAACUUUCAGCAGCAGCAAAACCUAAGAAAGAUCAUUCUGAUAUUGGCAUCUUUGAUGCAGCAGCUAAAGGCUACCUUUCUGAGUUAGAGAAAACAUUGAAAGAUAAUGAUAUUAAUGCACUAAACUCUGCAAGUGAAACACUCCUGCACAUUGCAGCUGCUAAUGGACAUCUAACAGUAAUGGAAUAUUUGAUUAGCAAAGGUGUUAGGCGAGAUGUGAAGGAUAAGAAAGGAAGAACAGCACUGCACAGGGCUGCUGAGAAAGGCCACGAUGAUGCAGUGAAAGUGCUUCUCCAAUGUGGCGCUUGUAUGUAUAGUUUGGACAGAGAAGGCAAGACACCACUUCAUUUGGCUGCACAGAAUAACCACGGUCACAUAUUGAAGACGCUCCUGAAAGAAGAGGCAAGAAGCUACAGGAACCAGCACAACUUUUUGCACAUGGCAGCUCUUAAAGAUGAGAGCAUUCUGGCAAAAACGCUUUUAAAGAAUGGCGCCUCUGUUGAUGGAAAGGAUGAAAGAGGACAGACAGCUCUCAGUUAUGCUGUCUCUCAGGGGUUUGAAAACACUGCAAAAGUACUGCUAGAGGCUGGAGCCAGUGUUGAUUCCAAAAUGACUGAAAGAGCCUUCAACAGCAACCACCCAUCCAUUUUCAAAACACUGCUAGACUAUUGUAAAGGCUUGUCCUCUGACAUAAUGGAGUUAGCUCUUUUCAAAGCUGUACAGAAAAAUCUGCAUGGUAUUGUAGCAGCUUUAGUUGACAGAGGCACAGAUAUAAACGCCUACAAUGAAAUGCAGUAUACUCCUUUACUCAUGGCAUGUGAAACAGGCAAAGCUGAAUCUGCAGAAGUUCUAAUUGAAAAGGGUGCUAACUUUGAAAUAAAGACUCCUGCUUCAGACACAGCUUUGCACCUGGCAGCUCAAGCUGGGGCCGCUUCCAUCACAAAUCUACUUCUACACAAAGGGAUGGAAGCUAACGUUAUGAACCAGGCAGGUGAAACUCCACUCCAUGUUGCUGCCCUUCAUAAUAAAGGAGCACUAGUUAGCAUUUUAGUUGAUGCUGGGGCCAAAAUUAAUGCCGUCACUAAAGAGUUAGUUACUCCCCUGCAUAUUGCGAGUCAAAGAGGUAACACUGAUGUUGCUCAACAGCUGUUGCACCACAAAGCCAAUGUUCAUGUUAAGGAUAAGCAGUCAAAAUCACCUUUACAUCUUGCUUCUGAAAGGGGAGAUAACACAAUGGUAGAGCUGCUUUUGAAUGCUAAUGCUGACCCCAAUGCACAAGACAAAGAAAAAAAGACUCCCCUGCACACUGCAGCUAUGAGAGGACAUCUCAGUAGCAUUAAAGUUCUGUUAGCCAAAAAAGGCAGAUCCGGAGUUAAGGACAUGGAUGGAUGUACUCCAAUGCACUAUGCAACCAUCAAAGGAAAUGCAGAGAUUCGAUUACGGAUGCUGGGAGAAGAUGAGGGGAACGGAGCAGGGAAAGUAGUCGGACUCGCAAGCUCUCCUGAAGCAGCACCUCCUCUUGCUGCUGCUGGGGACAAAACACUCAGCAAGACGCACUGUUGA